AGGGAAGAAGGAGAAGAACGACGACGUUGAUUUGUCUGCGGCCCCAACGAACCCCCCCCGAGAGCCGCCAAAUAAACCCCCCGACAGCCACAAUGCCUCCCGUGGGAGCCACCGGCAAGAGCGCCGCCAAGAGGGGAAUUUUGGAGCGUUUGGAAGCAGGAGAGAUCGUUAUUGGUGAUGGCGGGUUUGUUUUUGCUCUGGAGAAGAGGGGAUAUGUCAAAGCAGGUCCCUGGACUCCAGAGGCAACAGUAGAGUAUCCCGAGGCUGUAAGACAACUGCACCGUGAAUUCCUCAGAGCAGGCUCUACAGUUAUGCAGACUUUCACCUUCUAUGCUAGUGAUGACAAGUUGAAGAAUAGAGGAAACAUUGCAGGUCAAAAGUUCUCAGGCCAAAGUGUGAAUGAAGCUGCAUGUGAUAUUGCUCGGGAGGUGGCCAACGAAGGGGAUGCAUUGGUUGCUGGAGGAGUCUCUCAAACUCCAGCCUACCUCAGCUGUAAGAGUCAGUCUGAAGUGAAGGAAAUCUUUAGGAAACAGCUGGAAGUCUUUGUCAAGAAGGAUGUGGACUUCAUGAUUGCUGAGUACUACGAGCAUGUGGAAGAAGCAGUGUGGGCAGUUGAAGUUUUAAAGGAAUCUGGGAAACCAGUUGCCGCCACCCUAUGUAUUGGUCCAGAGGGUGAUCUGAAAGGAGUUUCACCUGGGGAUUGUGCAAUCAGGCUGACCAAGGCUGGUGCUCAGAUUGUUGGAGUGAACUGCCAUUUUGACUAUGCCACUAGUCUCAAAACUAUGAAGCUUAUGAAGGAAGGUUUAGAUGCUGCAAAACUCAAAGCACAUCUGAUGGUGCAGCCUGUGGCUUUCCAUACACCUGAUUGUAACAGCCAGGGAUUUAUUGAUCUUCCAGAGUUUCCUUUUGCUUUGGAGCCCCGAAUUUCUACCAGAUGGGACAUGCAUAAAUUUGCAAGGGAAGCAUACAAUCUGGGAAUCAGGUACAUUGGCGGCUGCUGUGGAUUUGAGCCCUAUCACAUCAGGGCUGUAGCAGAGGAGCUCUCAGCUGAGAGGGGCUUCCUUCCCCAAGCUUCAGAGAAACACGAUAGCUGGGGGACUGGCCUCUCCAUGCACACAAAACCGUGGGUGAGAGCAAGAGCCCGGAGGGACUAUUGGGAGAACCUGGUGCCUGCAAGUGGCUUGCCUUAUUCACCCUCCUUAUCCAAACCAGAUAGCUGGAAAGUGACCAGGGGAGAUAAAGAUCUGAUGCAGCAAACAGAUGCCACAACUGAGCAACAACAGAAAGAAUUGUUUGAAAAGCAGAAAGCUAAGGCUCUACUGUCAGCAUAGACUAAAUACUAAAGACUGAAAAAAUACUAAAUAGAUGUUAAAAGAACUCUCGAGUCCAAAUAUUAAAUGACCUUGCUUUAAUAGUUAAAGAGAUAAGUUUAUAUCUAUCUUAUAUAUUGACUUGAGGUAUUAAGUUCUUUGAAAUUUUUCAGACUAAGGUAAACACGUAAAAAUAUUAGAACUAUAUAGAUUAAAGAAGCAAUAUUCUACAAAUGGUGUUCAAGACCAGAAAUUUGAAAGUAAAUGUGUUGCUUUUUUCAGUCACACUGUAUCUGUAUUGCGUCAAACUUGUGCUUUUGGUAAAGCUCAAUAAAGCUGAAAUUCCAACCUC